GGUGAGAAAAUCUCGCGAUAGCGAUGUGCCGGGGACGAGAUGGGACAGUUGCGAAGUCUAUUGGGCCUUCCGGCUCUCAGCGAAACUUAUUGAUUGGUAGAGGAAGUGUCAGUUUCCCAUUAAAUUCCUCCCCACGUUGGCUGUCCUGGAGGUGGACCAUGUCUCUAAGAGCAUGUGGCUUUAUCAUUUUCCGAAGACCUUGCGUUCCCAAAGUGGACAACAAAGCUAUUGAGUUUCUCCUGCUUCAGACAUCAUAUGGAACACAUCACUGGACUCCUCCUAAAGGUCAUGUGGACCCAGGAGAGAGUGACUUAGAGACAGCUUUUAGGGAGACCCAGGAGGAAGCUGGCCUGGACGCCAGCCAGCUGAACAUCAUUGAAGGAUUCAAGAGUGAGCUGAACUAUGUAGUCAACAGCAAGCCCAAAACAGUUAUCUACUGGCUGGCCGAGGUGAAGGACUACAACGUGGAAAUUCGGCUUUGCGGGGAGCACCAGGCCUACCGCUGGCUGAACCUAGAGGAGGCCUGCAAGCUGGCUCAAUUUAAGAAUAUGGUGACAUGCCUCAGAGAAGGGCACCAAUUUCUUUGCUCCAACACACCUUGACCCCAGGAAAGAGAAGGUCUUUUGAGAUCCCCAAGACUCAGCCUACUGAGGUUCUCAGGUGUCUCUUCUGAGACCAAUCCCCACCCUGGUUAGAUUAUCCAGUCCUGCAGUAUAGGGAAGCUGAAGCAACCAAUGAAAUCAGGCUAAGCUUUUUAGGUCAGAGCAGAUGUCGUGGUAUUGAAAUGAAAGAGUGAUAUGGAAAUAUAUAAAGCCAAAUCUCUUUGCUCAUGUAUCUGAGGAAUAAACUGUUAGAAAUUCA